UAAUAAAUAAUCGUAGAGAGUAUAUAUAUAGAGACAGAAGAAGAAGUAGAGUUGCAGAAGAAAGUACAGAGAGAAACUAACUGUUUCGUAGACUUUUUGAGUUAUACAAUUAAAUGGAGUGGCUUCGUCGAGAAACAAUAGGUCACGGGAGCUUCUCCACCGUCAGUUUAGCCACUACCUCUGGAAGAAGCUCGACACGUUUUCCUCCCUUGAUCGCCGUGAAAUCCUCCGGAGCAGCCUGCUCCGCCGCGUUACGCAACGAGAGAGACGUUCUCGACGAUCUCGGCGACUGUCCGGAGAUCGUGCGGUGUUACGGAGAAGGAACGACGGUGGAGAACGGAGAGGAGGUUUACAAUCUGUUUCUCGAGUACGCUCCCGGCGGAAACUUGGCGGAUAGGAUCAAGAAGUCCGGCGAAGGGUUGCCGGAGUUCGAAGUGAGGCGGUUCACAAGGUCGAUCGUUAGAGGGUUGCGUCACGUACACGCGAAAGGUUACUCUCACUGCGAUGUGAAGCUCGAGAACGUUUUGGUGUUCGGCGACGGCGGCGUGAAGGUUUCCGAUUUCGGGUUGGCGAAACGGAGGAGCGGGAACGCCGGUGAGAUCAGAGGAACGCCUCUGUAUUUGGCGCCGGAGACGGUUAAUCGCGGCGAGUUUGAGUCGCCGGGGGAUGUUUGGGCGUUGGGAUGGUGUGUAGUUGAGAUGUCGAGCGGGGAAACGGCGUGGUGUUCGGAAGAAGGGAUCGAGAAUGUAAUGUCUUUGAUGGUUCGUAUCGGUUCGGGAGAUGUUCCGAAGCUUCCGGUGGAGUUGUCGGGGGAAGGGAGAGAUUUCGUGAGGAGAUGUUUCGUUAAAGACCCGGCGGAGAGGUGGACGGCUGGGAUGCUUUUGGAUCAUCCGUUCUUGGCCGUUGAUGAUUAUGAUGAGAGAAGUGAUGGUGGUUCACUGAGAUGUGGCGAAGAUGUCGAGGCUUCGGUUUCGGUUUCACCGAGAGAUCCUUUUGAUUUUCCUGAUUGGAACUCGGUUCAGUCUCCGGUUAACGAUUAUUCACCGUUCGGCUGUUUGGUACGUUCGCCGGAGGAGAGAAUCAGUGGGUUAGUUGCCGAGAAUGUACCUGAUUGGUCGGUUUCAUGUGAUUGGGUCAACGUACGUGAGGUUGAAGGGAGUACACGGUAGUUUAAUUAGUGGAGAAAGACCAAGUCACAUGAAUGAAGGAGAUUAUUAUGGGGUUGAUAAUUAAAAAUUGACGGUCUUGCUUUAAUCUUUUGUUAAUUAGCUCGUUGACUAUUGUAAAUGAAAUUAGAAUAUUUUUAUACGAGAAUAGAGUUUUUUGUUUGGCCA